ACCCAGAGGAGGCUGGACCAACUGAAGGCAGCCUGUGCAAGGAGAUAAUAGAAACGAGCCCUCCCUUCACCCCUGAGCUGUCAGCAGAGCAGUCCUUCAUUUUGACGAAGGAGUCACAGCUGCUGGGUUUCAAGACUCACCCAGGGAGCCAUGGAGGAGAAGGAGCAGUCUGGACGACUUCACUUCGUCGGCAAGAAGGAGGAACUGAUUAAAGCAAAGCGCUCUUUCCGGACUUUGGAGGGUCGAGAUGUUCUGAUUAUCUACCAUCAGGGAGUCUUCUAUGCUUUGGACUGCUACUGUUACCAUGCCGGAGGAACAUUGGAGAAUGGAGACAUAGAGGACAUCAACGGCAAGCUGUGCAUAAUUUGUCCAAAGCACAAGUACAAGAUCACUCUGGCCGAGGGCGAGGGCUUGUACAGGGGCCGUAACCCCCAGGAGAAGCCGCCGGUGUUCAGAUGGUACUCCAAGGGGGUGAAGCAGAGGGUCCACACUGUCACAGAGGAAAACGGGGAAGUCUUUGUCAAGCUCGUCAUGAUCCCAAACUGGGUCGAUUCGGACUACUACCAGGGAGAAAAAGGCAAGGUGGAAAGAGCCAGGGCCGAGGAGUCUGAGGGGGACAUGCCUGUGAUGAAAGACGAUGAGGAGGAUGAGUGAAGUUUCUCCCGCUGAUCUCAGAAUGAACUGUGACUUUUGCAAGGAUGUUCAUUGAUACAAGCCAAGAUACAACCUCCUUUAGUGUAGAAGUUUAAAAUAUAUAUGUUUGAUAAAUUAAUCAUUUCAGUCCCACGAGGUAGCCGCAUGUUUCCAUACUCUCUUUGCCUCCAUCUCUCCCUCAUGAAUUAUGCAGCUGGAUCGAUGUGAUAAAAAAGCUUUAUAGUGAUCAAUACAGUCCUGGUGUGGAGAAUCAUUUGCAUUAAAAAAUAACAGCAUCAUGCAACAUAAGUGGCUAGUUUUUUUAAUUAUUAAAGUAGUAGGUGACACAAAACAAACAUUUUGUGGAAUUAAUUGCCUUAUGUUGUACCAUCACAUGCCUUUCAAUCAUACUCAUGCUCCUUGAAUUGUUUUUUUUCUUUCAUUUUUCUUCACUAUAAAACCACAAAGUAGCAACAUAUUUCACUGGAUAUUUCUGCUAAUGGCCACUGUGUUUGCAACACUAACAUUCUCCCAGACAGCUGUGGGUUCCUCAAGCUUCUGAGGAGCUUGAGGAAGCUUGAGGAACUUGUUCUCCUUGCUGGCUCUGUGAGUUUAGUUGGAAAGCAAUGCCUUAGUUGGGUUGCAGAGCUGUUAUGCAUUAUUCUUUCCAUUUUGCACAGAGUAAAGGGCCAAGGCACACUUUUCAGAUUUUUAUUUGUAAGAAAUUUUGAUUGUCAUAGGUCAUUGUUCUUCCUCUUCACAAUAAAGGUCAGGUUCAUCUGUUUUGACACAUAAAAAUCCCCACAAAAUA